UCUGGAAAUCAAAAUCUUUGUGGUGCAGGUUGAAGCACCGAAGCACCGAAGGUCCGAAAUCUUAUCUUCUAUAGCUACAAGCGUAGGUUCGUCGAUCCAAGGCCACGAGUUCCCGAUAAUCCCAAAUUUUCUACUUAAUUUUUUAUUUGGGAGUGUAAAUUUCACUCAAACUUCAUUGAUUUCCGUUACUACUCACUAAUCAUGGCUUCCAUUUUUGCUACUCUACCUCCGCCAUUGUUGGCCCCUGGCAAAAGCUUCACUCCUCUGUUUACUUAUCAGAAGAAGCUCACUGUUUUUCCCAUUGCAAAGGGACGUUCUGCCAAUGGUAUUGUAAAGGCUAUUGGAGACAGCUCUGAAUCUUCUACUUCCAUUGAUAUUAUUAAGUCUGUUCGAAAUGUUUGGGAUCAACCUGAAGAUCGAUUGGGACUUUUUGGCCUGGGAUUUGCAGCUGUAGUAGGUGCAUGGACAGCAACAAAUCUUGUUACGGCUGUUGACAAGCUACCACUGCUUCCAGGUGUAUUAGAAUUCAUAGGAAUCCUGGUUUCUUGGUGGUUCGUGUAUCGCUACCUCUUGUUCAAACCAAACCGGGAAGAGCUUUUGCAGAUAAUCAACAAAUCAGUAGCAGAUGUGUUGGGACAGUAAAUUGCUCCUGUUCUUAAAGGUCCGAUUUGGUACAAUCUUCAUUAUCUUCGUUAUAUUUUACAAAGUGGUGUGAGUAAAGAGGGUUGGCCGCUGGGUUGGUUUCUGAAUUGUUUUCAACUGCUGGGUUGGUUUCUGAAUUGUUUUCAACUGUCAAAAGUGUGAAUUUUAACUGAUGUUGGUGUUUGAUUCAUCAAUGCAUUCCAAUCCUAUAUCUUCAAUUCUGUAGUUUAUACCUAUAUCAGUUUAUGCUUCAAAAAUUUCUGUCAUUGUUUCUUAUAAAAUCUAUGCUUUUAUUUGAUAUUA